GUUUUGUGCGGAUGAAGUUGAUCUCAGAACGUGGUCUCUCGAUUGCUUGCGAUUCAUAAUUUCUCUUCCUGUAAUCUCAACCUUACGCCGCGAGUGAGACUGAGUCUCGGAUCGAGUUAACUAUGGGAAGUAACGGGAAUUGAAGUAUGAGAUCUCACAGAACGCUUACAUCAAACUCGUUCUCCACUCGCUGCGUCACAAGACGGCGGCGGUCAACGGAGUCCUCGUCGGUCGAAUCAGCCCUAAGGACGAAGGCCUCGUGGAGAUCUCCGAUUCAGUGCCGCUCUUUCACUCUAACCUCGCUCUCCUUCCUCCUCUCGAGAUCUCCCUCAUCAUGAUAGAGGAGCAUUACGUGGCUCAAGGUUUGAGUAUUGUUGGCUACUUUCACGCCAACGAGAGGUUCGAUGACGUGGAGCUCUGUGGUGUGGCUAAGAACAUUGGUGAUCACAUCUCUCGCUAUUUCCCUCCUGCACCUAUUCUCUUGGUGAAUUUCUUGUCCUUUACAUUCUAAGUGCAGCAAUUGAUUGAAUCACUAACUA